AUGACGAGGAGGAACCUGCGAAGUAAGUCAACAAAAGAGCAUCACGACGACAACGCGUUGCCGGAUGACAGCAAUGACCCAGUAUCGUCUCUUGGUGUCUUGGAAAAUAAUCAGUCAGUCUCUAAGGUCAACGGUUCUCCGUCUGAAGAAAAGUGCCUUCUUAAAGACGUGAAGGAUGUACCCUUAAAAGAAAGGCUCAGAUCUCAACGGAAAAAAGAGAAUGGAUCUAUAGCUGAACAUGUGAAACCCGACAAAUCGAUGGAAGUAAGUACUGAUGGCCUCUUAAACGAAAACGCGAGUACAUCGGACGAUAAAACGGAGGAAACAAAAAUUCCAAAUGAAUCAAAAAAUCCGGAUGAGGCAAAAAGUUUAGCUGUUUUGUUGGGACAAGGUUUGACAAGUGGCGAUGGAGAAAAGAUUGAUGCAGUUCUGUCAGAAACUAAUGUUCAUGUUAUAUCAGCUACUCUUAAUGACCUUCCUGUAACGCAAAUUCUCCCCCUGUUGAAACAAAUAGAGUAUCGCCUAAAGAAUCGCCAUAAUCUGGACAUACGAUGUUGGGUACGAUGGGUUCAGUACAUUGUUUCCAUGCAUAUGGCUUAUCUUUCAACGUUGGGGAAUUUAGAAGAAGAAUUAAAAGGCCUAUUUGAUUGGAUGAGAAGGCGCACUUCACAAAUGGGGAAGCUUUGUGAACUUUAUGGAAAACUUGCAUUAGUCACGGAACAACUUGAGCGUCGCGCAAACCCGCAUCUUUUUAUUCUUCAAGAACCUAAGAUCUUUUUCACAGAUGAGAAUGAAUCCUCUUCCGAAAGUAGUGAAGAUGAAGAAGAGGGGGACGAGUUAGAAGACGAAAGCAUAGCUAGUGAUGAAAAUUGGUGGAAUGAUGAGGAAAUACGAUCUGACAGUGAUGAAGUGGAGGAGGGUAGUUCUGAUGCUAAAGUUAGAGGUAGGAAGAAAAGAGCUCAUUCUUCUGACGAUGAAACUUCGGGUGAUGACGACAGCGGUAAUGAUGCUGAAGAGGAAAGUGAUGAAGGCGGGUCUAGUGAAAUGGAAGUUGAAUAA